AUGCGCAGAGCGCCGCCGCCUCCCAGUCAGCGGGGCGGGGGCGAUGGCUGUCCCCUCCUCAGGCCGCGGGGUUCCCGGCGCUACCCCCGGGCUGUGGGGAACCCUCAGGAAAUCACCGCGGCAGAGCCAUUUCGCGGCGUUCGCAGCCGCCUUCCCCCGCGGCGCUGCCUGAGGCGAGCUGGCGGCGCUGACUUCUCGGCCGGCCCGGCGGGAGGCGUCGUGCAGCCCGUGCGCACGGUGGUGCCGGUGCACCGGCACGGCGGGUUCCUAGGAGUCAUGCCUGCUUAUAGUGCCACAGACGAUGCUCUGACAACCAAGUUGGUGACUUUUUACGAGCACAAGAAGGAUUCUUCUGUCCCUUCUCACCAAGCAACAGUCCUCUUAUUUGAGCCAAGCAAUGGUUCUUUAAAAGCUGUCCUAGAUGGCAGUGUCAUUACAGCAAAACGAACAGCUGCAGUUUCUGCAAUUGCUACUAAGUUGUUAAUGCCACCUUUUGCAGAAGUGCUGUGCAUUUUGGGAGCUGGUGUCCAAGCAUAUAGCCAUUAUGAUAUCUUCACAGAGCUCUUCACAUUUAAAGAGGUCAGAAUAUGGAAUCGCACCAAAGAGAAAGCAGUGAAGUUUGCUAAUUCAGUUAAUGGUCCGGUGCAGGUCUGCUCUUCUGCUCAGGAGGCAGUUACUGGGGCUGAUGUGAUUGUAACAGUCACUAUGGCAACAACACCAAUUUUAUUUGGAGACUGGGUAAAACCAGGUGCCCAUAUCAAUGCUGUUGGAGCAAGCAGACCAGACUGGAGAGAACUGGAUGAUGAGCUGAUGAAGAAUUCUGUUCUGUUUGUGGAUUCCAGAGAGGCUGCUCUUACAGAAUCGGGAGAUGUUAUAUUAUCAGGGGCAGAGAUUUUUGCCGAGCUGGGAGAAGUAGUGAAGGGUACAAAACCAGCCCUGCCUGAGAAAACAACAGUUUUUAAAUCGCUGGGGAUGGCGGUUGAAGAUACAGUAGCAGCAAAAUUUGUUUAUGACUCAUGGUCAGCUGGUAACUAAAGAGAGAAGACUACCAUCACAACGAGGCCAAGAAAAUUGCACUUAGUUUCCUUGCAUCUUUUGUUAACAAGAAAGACACCAAUCCUAUCUGAAUGUGGCCCUUCUAGAAUAUUCAAGAAUGAAAAGUAAAAUUUCAGCAAUAGAUUAAUUUCUACAACUUUCUAAUGGCAAGUAUUAGAUAUCUGCAGUAUUACUAUUAAGUCUGUCUCAUGUAAUGACAAGUAUUAGAUGUUUGCAGUGAUAUUAACAAGGAUAUUUUUACAUAUUUUGGUGUAAUUCUGGAAUCAAGCCUUUCCUCCCUAAUUAUUUAUGUAAGAGAAGUCUGUGGGUAGCUUCUGUCAUUUUUUUAGAGAGGUAAUUCAUACUGAUAUAAAAUGUACCAGUUUGGAGAAUGGACUCUGGCAUCAUAUUUACCUGUGAUAGUACUUUAAAUGCAACUGCAACUGUGGGUUUCAGUGCUACACUGACAGUCUUCAGUCUCCUGGGAACACAGUCAGCCCCUGACUCCUGAACGUCUCUUCCCUUCCAACUCAAACUGGGAUCUGGAGGUCACCAUCCUUACUUUCACCCCUCAUAAUCCCCCUUCCCUGCCCUCAGACCCUCAGUGGUUUUUUUAUUUUAAAGCACGCUCCUGAGUGGGAGUUUAUCUAAAUAAUGAUGCCUCCAUAAUAUUAGAUUUUUGUCUGGUUUUGUGGAAGACCUGGCUCAGCAAGGCUUAGAGUGCAAAAAAAUCAAAGCUAAAAUUAUUAUAUACAUCUUAACUGGGAGGAAACUAUCCUUGAUCCCUCCUUUAUUACAUUCCUGUAUGGGAUAUUGCCAUUAUUGUAUUGCAAGGAGUUGCCCAAAAAGUGAGCACUAAAAUGUGUUUUAAUUCAGGUUUUAUCUAUAUUCUGUGGGGAAAUUUUGUUAUUGAUCUCUGUUUGUAAGUCCCUUUUCUAAGCUGUUUUGAAGGUUGGAACAGUGCCGACUGAUUUCAAUAGGAUAAACUUUGAGCACACAGGCAAAUAUUUUCACCUUAGCUGUAUUAUGCAUCAAUUGGUAAUUGUUCUUUUAUCCCAGUGGGUAUUUGCUGGGGCAGGAAUUUCCAUGAUCCUUUCUUGGCAGAGGAACCCAGUGAUGUUCUACAUAAGGAAAAGUUCCAGUUUUGUGCUGUUAUGCAACUGCCUUACAAAAGAUUGAGCAUCUGCUGAAAAAUAGCUAUUGCCCUGAAAACAAAUUCCUGUCUUAGGCUAGACUUGUGGCUUAGGAAAUUUUAUUUCUACUUACAUAUUAUUUCAUGCAGGUUAAGUGGUUCUUCACUCUGUGGAAGGAUUAGAUGACAUGGUGAUUCUAUAUUGAUGCCAGAAGAAUGCAGUAGAGCAACAGGAAGGAGGUUCAGGAGCAGUUAGUGCUAAAGCCCUUGAUGAUGCAUAAGUAAGUAUAGAAGAGGUUAAUGAGUACAGUGCAGGUAUGGCGUAAAUAAUACUCCUAUAAGGCCUGUGUAAUCUAGUUGGAAAAUGUAGUAAGAGGCAGAGUUUGUAUUUUGCAGAGUUUUAGCAUGGAAGAGUACCAGACCAGUAAGUGAAUGGGGCCAAAGGAUGUGUUUGAGUUGACAUAAACAAGGUCAAUGAGUUAGAUUUCUAUCAGCAGAAACAAGAACGGAAAUUUUUUGCAUUUUUUUGAUUGUAGCAAAAUUACCCUUCUAUUCUUACACCUUUUUUUGUCAUUUCUGAUGUGUACAGGAAUGUAUGUGUUGACUUAGCCUGUUACAUCAGCAAUGAACUCCCCUAGUGUGAUACAAAUGUGACAGCCAUCAAUGUUCCAUAAUUCAAGAACUGCAUGAAAACUUGCACUUACAAUUCAUGACAAUGUUAUCCUGGUUCUGUCCCUGUGUGAAAGGAGGUGUGUUAUUUGAAGUGAGACAGAGUUUUGGGGAAGAAGAUAAAUACAGUUUUGCACAUGUACAAAUACAAUUCUCACACAUACUCUUCUACAGUCCAUGCACUUUAAAAGUAGAUGGAACUAGUCCAAAAACCUGGUUCUGAAAACCCAGUGUUCCCAACUUUCAUUGGCAAUAGGAGGUUCUGGGAGCCUGUCUUCAGCAUUGUACCUCUGAAUUCAUGAGGAGGAUUCAAUCUAAUUACAAUGGGAGUUGCUUGGAUGCCAUCUUUAGAUAUUUUUUUUUUUGAGGGGAAAUAGCCUUAAUUUCCAUGGUUCCUUCUGUUACAAUCAAUCUCAAGAAAUUGUAUAACUUGCAUUUAUUUUAAAAUUAAAUAGAAACUGCUGUCUGUCUUUGA